AUGUAUGGGGGCCGGCCAGGUAUCGCCGAUGCCUACCAUAACUCCUACAACCAAGGCAACCACAGCGCCCCUCCGCCGCCGCCCAGCGAACCCGUCAGCUUCGGCCAAGGCGCACCGCAGGGUUACAACUUCCAGUACUCGCGCUGCACGGGCAAGAGAAAGGCGUUGCUGAUCGGUAUCAACUACUUUAACCAGAAGGGCCAGCUGCGCGGGUGUAUCAACGAUGUCAAGAACAUGUCCACCUACCUAAAUCAGAACUUUGGUUACGCUCGCGAAGACAUGGUCCUCCUGACGGAUGAUCAACAAAACCCCAUGAGUCAACCCACCAAGGCUAACAUUCUUCGGGCUAUGCACUGGCUCGUCAAGGAUGCCCAGCCGAACGAUUCGCUCUUCUUCCACUAUUCUGGACACGGUGGACAGACGCCUGACCUCGACGGCGACGAAGACGACGGAUACGACGAAGUUAUCUACCCGGUCGAUUUCCGGGCUGCCGGCCACAUUGUCGACGAUGAGAUGCACCGGAUCAUGGUCAAACCGCUGCAGCCGGGUGUCCGACUGACGGCUAUCUUCGACUCCUGUCACUCGGGUUCCGCACUCGACCUGCCCUACAUUUACUCGACCCAGGGUAUUCUCAAGGAACCCAACUUGGCCAAGGAGGCGGGCCAGGGCCUGCUGGGUGUUGUUUCGGCUUACGCGCGUGGCGACAUGAGCGGCAUGAUGUCGACGGCCGUUGGGUUCUUCAAGAAGGCGACCAAGGGCGACGAGGCGUACGAGCGCACCAUCCAGACCAAGACCAGUCCAGCCGACGUUAUCAUGUGGUCCGGCAGCAAGGACGACCAGACCAGUCAGGACGCCCAGAUCGCCGGCCAGGCUACCGGCGCCAUGUCCUGGGCCUUUAUCAGCGCGCUUCGCAAGAACCCGCAGCAGAGUUACGUCCAGCUGCUGAACAGCAUCCGAGACGAGUUGUCCACCAAGUAUACGCAGAAGCCGCAGCUGAGCUGCAGCCAUCCCUUGGACGUGAAUGUGCUCUAUGUUAUGUAA